GCUCGGUGUGUGUAUGAGAGUGUGUGUGUGUGUGUGUGUGUGAGCUGCAGCAGAGUGCUUAUACCGGCUCCGCUCGCCCGGCGAAAAAGCAUCAGCCAUCUCUGUCAGCGCGGCGCUGCUCGUAUGACUCCUGGUCGCUCCUUUUUUCUGUCUCUCAUCUCGUCUUAUUUUUUUCCUCCGCUCUCUGCAGAAGCCGCUGCCUUGCCCCCCCACCCCCUCCACCCAACCUUGAGUCCUCUCUGCAGACAAAAAAAAAGCUGCCCUACCCCACCAGGUCUGAGCAAACGCUUCAACUCAGCACUCGUGUGUUUCAUCCAUCAGUGAAGGCCGCUCAAGUUAGGUGACCUGUCCCCUCCCCGGUGUCCCAGCAGGCAGGCAUGGCAGACGGUCGGCAGACAGAUGAGCACUGGGCCUCUAACGGCCAGGAGAACGCCGAGAAUGGCUACUCCGCCUACAGCUCUGCCUACAGGGAGAAUGGAUUCCACGGUGGGGCAGCUGCACAUCCCGGAGCGACAGUGGAUGACUCAGCCAAUUUGCCUCCCUCCCCUCCCCCCUCUCCAUCCGCUGAGCAGAUUGGGCCUGUGGCACAAGAAGAUAAAGUAGAAGUUGUCAGUCAACAGCAGGAGGAGGAGGAGGAGGAAGAGGCUCCAGAGGAGCUGCACAGUUACCAGGAGGAAGUGGCAGACUUGCUCUUAGAGCAGACAGAUUAUUUAACAGAGCCCCAGGCUUUGGGCUGCCAGCAAGCCCAGACACCUGAGGUCCUCAAUGGAGGAAGUCAUCAAGGUGAACACAGCCCGUCACAAAAAGCCCAGCCAGAAGAAUGCGUGAGUCAGGAAUCUUGUGAGUCUGCUAUGAAGGAAGAUGAAACUCAAGCGGCGUCGCUACAAGAGACACGGUUGGCUGUUGAAAGAGCAACACCUGAAGGUGCAGAGCUCGCCUCGAUUGAGCUCUGUGACGCCUCAAUUGAGCAGAGUGACCAAGAGAGAAAGGAUGUAGUAGAAGAGGCUGCUGAGAGCCACCUGCUUGUAGAGUCCAAAGAAAAAGAAGCAAAACAAUCUCGACUAACAGAGGAGUUAUCAAAUCUUAAGGAGGACGACAAAGAGGGAGAUAUCUUACCAAGCAAAUCAGGAGCCCCUAUGAAUGAAAGCAAGGAAAAUCCAGAGCCGGUUGAGGGGAUAAAUAAGGAGGGCCAAGAUAGUGGCACUGACAUUGAGUUGCAUGAGAUACCAGUGACUGACAUUCAAAAAGAGGACCAAAGGCAAGAAGCAGUCGAGUCAAGUUCAGAACCUGUCACAGAGUUGAAAGAGACGUCAGAUAUUUUACACGAGUUUGGAGCAAAAAACUACUUUGAGACAUCCUCAAAAAGCCACGAAAAGGAGUCAUCACAAACCCAGAGCUAUUACGAACUCAGCACAGCAGCAGAGAAAAAGUUAAGUGAGGACACUGAAAGCAUUGUGCAGAAGCUCGGGGAACAACAGGAGAGGUCAGCCAAAAUAUCUCCUGGUAAGAUGUCACUCGAACAAAGAAGCCUCUCCCUAAACAUUACUGUUGGAUCUUCGACAGGACAAAUAGGGAAGGGAGAGAAGUCAAUGACCUUGUGUCCAAUCAGUGGAAGCUUUGAUGAAUCUGAGGUUUACCCUUUAACUCCAUCUGUGGAGAGCCAACUCCAAUUUCCUCCAGCUGUCUCCAUUACCCCAACUACCCCUGACUCACCUCCAGAGGCAAAGGCAGACAAGCCUUUCCUUUCUGAUAAGCACAAAUGGCUUGAACAUUCAGGCAGUCUCUCUGAAAUGUUGGACCUGGCUGGAGAUCUGCCUCGGCCAUCAUUAGAGAGGAGGGAGCUUGACCACAUGAGGCGAAAGUCCGUGCCCGCCAAUGUAUCAGCUCUGGUGGGGAGUUCUUUGGCCAAGCUGGCCUUGGUAGAUCAAACCUCAAGAGUGGUAGGAGGGGAAAACCAACUGGAGGAACUGGGCUACUGUGUCUUCAAUGAGUACUCGGGGCCCAUGCCUUCUCCUGCCGAUGUACCUAGUCCUGGAGGCUCUCCGCACCAGUGUUUCCCUUCAAUGGAAAGUGAAGUUGAGGAGGAGCUUGGUGACACGGAAGUUGAAGGAAUUCAACAAAAAGAUCAUGAAGGAAUUAUCCCUGAGAUUUCUCAAAAAACUGUGUCCGAAAAGAAAGAUUCACCAGUCGAAAGUACCAUGAUUCUUGAGAGGGCUGUGACAAGUGGAAUAAAACCCGAUCGUCUAAGAAUCCCAUUGACUUCCUCAAAAGACAGAUUGACUGAGUUUCGUUUGGAGAGUGGCCUGCCUGGUGACAUAAAGAUCCAAGCAAUUCCUGAGGUAGACAUUGAAAAAGACCCCUCCAGAGAGGCUUCUCCCAUCCCACCAGACAGCUCCUUUACUUUCACUCCAUUGGAAACUGGAAGCAAGGUUCCCCCAACUCCCACCACCCCCAACUCCCCAAAUGAUACACCCUUAGAAACCCAAAUUACUGGAGAGAAGGCAGCGAAAGAUGUCCGACCAGAGGUUAAAGCAGAGAAUGAUCAAGAGUCUGAGCGGAUUGAUACGAAACAGACAGAGUUAGACAAAGAAAUGCGUAAAUCUGAGCAGGAGGAUUCAGAAGAAAGAGGGGAUGAACCAGAAAUGGCAAACAUACCUUCAGCAUCAUCUCAGUCUUCAGGAGAGAGCACAGAAAAAUAUGACGAGAAGAUUCAAAGUGAGCGUGGGACACCUACAAGAUUAGAAAGAAAAGAAAGGCAAGAGACCUCAAAAGCUGUUCAGGAUUUAAGCACUGAAAAACCAUUAGAUGAGAAAGAUGACCAAAUCCAGUUACAGGAGGUGGCUAAAGGCGCACCAAAACCACAUAUAACCUCCCCAGUCAUCAUCAUACCUCAAGCACAAGUAGAGGAAGAAGCAGAUGAAGAGGAUGAUAUUGAGAUUGCUGAAGAGCCUCAAGAGGUAAUGGAGGAAGAUGAAGUGCCUAAGAGUCCAAUCAAGGUGAGGCUGACGGUAGGCGAUCAGAUGGCGGAAGACGAUCCCAAGUCUAGCGCAGAAGACUGGAGUCACAGUGUGCAAAACAGUGAUGGUGGGGACCCUGCGACUGACAGUUCGCACUUGUCUCCAUGCUCUGAUCGUGAUCUACCACUGCAACCGGAUGAAGGUGGCAGAGAUGAUUGGAUAGGGGAGGAUAAAGAAGGGACGAAAGAGGAGGGCGAGGUGGUAAAGACAGACCAAACAGUGGAGGAGCAAGUGGAGGAAGUUGGUUCUGAUGGAGUAGGCGAAGAGAAAGACAUGAAAACAACAGAGGAUGAGGGGAAGGAGAGGAUGUGUGAAGAGGAGAAAGACAUCGAGAUUGGUCAGGAGGUGGAAGAGACUUCCGCUGUGCCCUGCCAGGCCAGUCAGGUACCUAACGAUGAAACCACCAUGGACGUCUCCCUCCUAGAUACAGACAGUGGCUGGAUGGACUCACAAGAUGAUGACAAAAGUAUCAUGACUGAGCAAAUCGAAGCCCUUCCUCAGGUCCAGAGUCCUACCACUACACCUGUGGUGGACAGACCCGCUAAACGGGCCCCUGGCAGAGGAAGGGGCCACCCUGGCACCACUGAGAGUAAAGUGUCCCGCAAAGUACCCAGCCACCAUCCAAGAGAGGAGAUGAAGAAGAAAAAAGUAGCCGUGAGGAGGGCUGACCAGAUAAAGGUGUCAGCCCUCCAAAGUCGUUCUCCAUCUCGAAAGAGUGUAGCCAAAGUGGCAGCCAGACAUCCUAGGCCCGCUCUGCUUCACGGCUCUGCUAGACGCAAGGCCACAGGUAUGGAAAGCCAUCAGCCCCUCAGUGUGGCCCACCAGUCCAGGGAGAGGACCACUGAGAGAGCAUACCGCAGCCCAGAGAAGAGGUCGUCUCUGCCCAGGCCAGCCAAAUCUUUGACACGCCACAUCCCUGCUGCUGAACAAGAAGACAACACCCCCUCCAGGCCAACCUCGAUCCAGUCCAGAGCGGACAACAGGUCUGGAAGAGCCCCUGGUACGGCAGGUACAGAGUCUGCACGUUCCCGAUCAGUCCGCAGCGGGACCUCCACCCCCGGCUCCACCGCCGUCACGCCCGGCACCCCCCCCACCUACUCCUGCCGCACCCCCGGCUCUCGCACGCCCGGCAGCCACACGCCAAAGUCCUUCAGCGUCCUCCAGGAGAAGAAGGUGGCGGUGAUCCGAACCCCGCCCAAGUCGCCGUCCUCCGCCCAGCGGCAGCUGAAGGUUCUCAAUCAGCCCCUGCCUGACCUGAAGAAUGUAAAGUCCAAGAUUGGGUCCACCUCCAACCUCAAGCACCAGCCGAAAGGCGGACAGGUCAUGAUUCCAAGUGUUAAACUGGACUUUAGCCACGUUCAGGCUAAAUGUGGCUCCCUGGACAAACUCCAGCACGCAGCAGGUGGCGGAAACAUCCAAAUCCAGACCAAGAAGAUCGACUUGAGCCACAUCACCGCCAAAUGUGGCUCCAUGUCCAACAUCCGUCACAGACCAGGGGGAGGUCAUGUGCGCAUUGAGAAUGUGAAGCUGGACUUUAAAGACAAGGCCGCUGCCAAAGUCGGCUCUCUGGGCAACUCCAGCCACACUCCUGGAGGGGGGAAUAUUAUGAUCGAGAGCCACAAGCUGUCCUUCCGGGAAUCAGCCAAAGCUCGGGUGGAUCACGGCGCAGAAAUCGUCAUCACGCACACCCCCGGGGUCGAGACGGGCGGCACUUCCCCGCGCAUGUCCUCCUCCGGCAGCAUCAACAUCCUGGAUACGCCCCAGCUCUCCACGCUGGCCCAGGAUGUCACCGCUGCCCUGGCCAAGCAGGGCUUAUGAGCGGGCUGCUGCCCCCUGCUGAGGAUACCCUCCAGAAUCAACACCGUCACUCCUCUACCCCAUCAAUCUCAUUCACUCAUAAGCAUCCAAAGUGUUCUCCCAUGGUCCUUCACUGCAACAUGACCCCCCCACACACUUGACCCCACAGGUUCUACAGCUCUAGGCGAUCGACUGUCUCGUCCAUCCACGACCCUUCCGGCCCUUCCAGUGGGGACUUUCCAAACUCAAGGAUCAUUUCUCAUUCCCGCCCUCAAAUGGGACACGCCCUGUCACUCUUUAUUUGUUUUUCAUUUAUGUUCCUUCGCUCAAAUGUGGACUUUUCUUUAUUUGGUUCUAGAUAGGCUGAAUGCUAAGGUUUGAGUGGACGUGUUUGUCGAAGAAGGCAUCGAAGGUUUUACGAUUGUACAGUGAUUUUUAGCGUGAAAAGCAUCACAUUCCACUCGUACGAUGAUAAACGGUAAGGUGAACUGUUGCAUAAUGUUCAUUUAGAAUUAAUAUGGUACUGAGUGCAAGAAAUAGCUACUAGAUACUAGACGCUAGUCUUAAAAGAAACAACUGUGUGAGAGACAUGGCUUGUAACUACCUGCAGAGGAAUGGCUGAAGAGCAUGUCUGCUAAGAUGUGACACGGUUUCUUUGUUUGUUCGUCGGUUGGUUUUAAUCUCAUGAUUUCCUGAUUAUGUGCUGAAUUGUUGGAGCAAUUGUUAUGUUUUCUUUUUAUAUAUGUCACUGUAGUGGAAGUUGUUCCAGUUUUGUAUGCUCCCUGCAGCUACACUGGCUUAUUAGCACUUAAAUAGUUUCCCGCAAACCAAUGGGCUGCUCUUCUUUUUGUUUGAUUUUACAUUAGCUCUGUGAUUUGUAUUAGGCUGUAACAAUGCUGUUACGCUGGCAUGGCAAAUACAUGAUGAAUAAAUUAGAUCUAUUUGGAGCAAUUGUAAACCUGUCAGUGUGAGUGUAAACAACCAGGAUGCAUCCUCGUGUCUCUACUUUAAGGUCAGAUCCUCAGAUCCCUAAACCGUCCCUCAUGCUCCUGUGAUCUUCCUCCCUUUUGCAGACACUGGGUUGUGCACUGUAUUUGAAGUUUGUUUCAAAAGUAGAAAAAAAAAGAAGCUUUAUAAGAAAACAUUCCAUUAAAAGAGCAGCUACCUGGCCCUUUAGUGCGAGCGAACCGGUAACUUCACAGGAAAUGAAAGCCGAAGCGAAGGAGGAAUGAAGAAUGGGACGAACCCCCAACUUGCAGCUGUUAGAAUUCAUUAUAUAAAAAAAAAGAAUAACUGUUCUAGCAUAUUCUCUGCUCACCAUUGUGGAACUCCUCUGCCCCCCUUUUUCUCCUCCCCUGGUGUCAGUUACCCCUCCAGUGUUUUUCUGUGCAACCUAUAUUCUUGCCCCCCCCCCCUCUAGCCCCUCUUUGCCUUGUGUAAGUGUAUUUAAAAGACCAUGUAGAUGUGUGCACUCUUUCCGAUGUUUGAGACGUACUGAUGACAAAUGCUCCUGCAGGAUGACAACCGAAAUAAAGAAAAUGAAAACGGA